AUGCAUAGCGUCCCCUGCCACAAUAUCCAUGCUGACUGCAAUGCUUUAUAUGCAUUCCCGAUCUUCACACUGCAUAUCCUGGAAUCUCAUCGGUUCUUUGGUAGUCGAGACCUCGCGCGCGACAUGGAUUCCUCAAGCGAACUCUAUGUGUCGUCACUUGGGGCGGCGGGGCAACCGUAA